CAGGAAAUCCAGGGCAGAGGGGGAAAACCACUUCCUUGCUAAGAUUGCCCCUCUUCUUCUUCUCUCUCCUCCUCUUUUCUUCUUCAUUUCAGCUAUAUUACCUUGAUCUUGAAUCUUCCACCAAUCCGAGCAUUAAUCAACAUCUUGGAAGCUUAUCGAAAUACCCGAACCCUGGUCCCAAAGUAAUCAGCUUCCCAAGCUAAACAGCGCAGCCAAGAAAUGUCCUUCUCCGGCCGCCGCGUCAGUAUUCUGCGCCCCUCCAACCGGCGCUUUUCGCAAAGCAAGGGACUCUCCGAGAACGAGCAACGGUCCGAAACUCAUCGCCAAUUCCGACACGCCCACGAGGGACACCGUCCCCACGCCGGUCUCGAUGCUUCCCGUGCCUCCACCGGUGUAGUCUGGUGCACAGAGCGAGCCACCGAGCACGGCUACGCCGAGGAUCCCUCCGGCUGGGCAAACUUGGGUCAAGGUGCCCCCGAGGCGGACGAUGAGAUCGAGGGUAGCUUCCCGCGUCCGACAAGCAUUCCUAUUACCUCUGCGGCUCGGGAGUACGGUCCGACCGCCGGUAUCAAGCCGUUGCGUGCUGCGGUUGCACGUCUGUACAAUGAGCACUAUCGCCAAGGGAAGGAGAGUCAGUAUACGUGGGAGAAUGUCUGUAUCGUUCCCGGUGGACGUGCGGGAUUGAUCCGAAUUGCGGCUAUUUUGGGCAAUUCGUAUCUUUCAUUCCCCAUCCCUGAUUACUCUGCGUACUCGGAGAUGCUGUCGCUGUUCAAGAACAUUGCCCCCAUCCCCAUCCCGUUGUCUCAGGAGGACCAUUAUCACAUCCACCCUAACAAGAUCGCCGAGGAAAUCGCCCGUGGUACCCAGGUGCUGCUGACCUCGAACCCCCGUAACCCGACAGGUCACUUCGUGUCGCAUGACGAGCUGGCCGAGAUCCAAGACAUCUGCCGUGACCGCGCGACUCUGAUCCUGGACGAGUUCUACGGUGGAUACAACUAUACCACCGAUUGCGACGGCAGCACGAUCAGUGGAGCCGAGAAUGUGAUUGAUGUUAACCAAGAUGACGUCCUCCUAAUCGACGGUCUAACCAAGCGCUUCCGCCUUCCAGGCUGGCGCAUCGCCUGGAUCGUCGGACCAAAGGAAUUCGUCGACGCCCUCGGCUCAGCAGGCUCCUACCUAGACGGCGGCGCCAACGUCCCCUUCCAAGAAGCCGCCAUCCCCAUGCUCGAGCCCUCCCUCGUCCGCACCGAGAUGAAAGCCCUGCAAGCCCACUUCCGCGAGAAGCGCGACUACGUCCUCAAGCGUCUGUACGACAUUGGCUUCCGCAUCCAGGACGUCCCGCAGGCUACCUUCUACAUCUGGCUGGACCUGACUUCUCUGGACCCGCCCUUGCCGGCCGAGGCCAACAUCUCCGACGGACUGAACUUCUUCAACGCCCUUUUGACCGAGAAGGUCAUUGUCGUGCCGGGUAUCUUCUUUGAUUUGAACCCGGCUAAGCGUCGUGAUUUGUUCGAUAGUCCUUGCCAUCACUUUGUGCGGUUGAGUUAUGGUCCUAAGAUGGAUGUGCUUAAGAUGGGUCUUGAUGGUAUUGAGCGGGUGAUUAAGCGUGCGCGGGAGACGGUUCAUCCUAAGUGGGAGGAUGAGAUUGCUAUUCAGGAUGAUUAGAUGGGUGAUUCGCUGGGUUUGACGAGGUAUCUUUUGGUCUGCAUCGAUAUGCAGGUAGUUUUACAGUGGUUGCUCUGGCUUGAAGCAGAGUUAUUGAUUUCGAUCUGAAUCGUCUGGCUGUGCCGGAUGGGGUCUUUUGAUACAAUUUGACGGUCUGGUUAGUAGAUCGAGUGAAUAGUUGCAUGGCCUAGAAGCCUAGAGUAGUCGACCAACGGUCUCCGCUCAUUGCCAGACCACUUUCGGGCUCCAGCGAGGUGUGCUCCAGCAGAGUUCCCUUCCGAAAGAUACGAAACACAGGCAAUGUCUGCUUGAGCUCAUCUGCCCUUGUAAGUUAGUUCGUAGAGAACUCGCGUUCGUGAGCGGCACAUCAUGAAUUCUUGCUCGUGGUUUUGGGUAAUAGCUGUGGACUUGGCCAGUCAAAAUGGAACCUAAGCCCAGAGAUACUUAGUCGAGG